AUGGGAAUUCUUAAAGCACCGGAAGACGUUCAACUUUUGGAUGAGGUUGUUGACGACAUCGGUUUUAUGUUACAUUCGGAAACCAAACGUUUUGGUGCCAAGUGCAUAAAUCGCAUGCUGCCCAAGUUUGUCGGAAACUUUAACCAUGUUCCCGAUUUUUGUCCCGAUCCUGAGUCCCUUGGCCGGCAGAAAACGGCGAGUACACCUUUAUUGCCGCCUAUUGUUUUGCGAAUGAUACUCAUUGUCCUCCUUUUCACGGAACUACUUUCCGAAAACAAGGAUAAAGUUCAGGAGAUUACAGUGUCACAGUUGUUUGAACGCUCGAAGGAAUUUCCGCUAUUUAUUCUUUAUUCGCUCGAUUUACUCCUCAUUCACUCCUUUCGCGCUAUGGCGAAAACGGUAAAUAUAUUUAAAUUGGCUGCGUUUAAGCGUUUGGGCGUCGUACAACUUAGUGUUCCAAGCACAUCACGCAAAUGCCUUCAUCAAGAAAACAAUGAUUUAAAGGUAAAGGAUGGGAGUGAAAGAGGUGCGUUUCUGCCUGCCAUUAAUAUUAAGAGCGAUACUUCAUUCAAUGAGGACAUAUACGAUAGGAGUAGCGACAUGGAGGAGCAUUUUGAAGAACUCGAAGUAAGGUCGCAAAAGGACCAGGAUUCGGACGAAGAAGAGACUGAGGAUUCAGGCUCUUCGGAGAUGUCGUCUCGCGGUCCCCGCCUACGGCGACUUCGGCCCCGUUGCCAAAUGAUGGAAGAGGAUGAUUUUCUCAACUCUUCCUUCAGUGAAGAGGAUGAAGAUGAAGAUAGUGAAUACUCAGAGGAGUCCGAUGACUAUGACGAACAGGAUUGGAGUUUUCCUGAUGAAGACAAUAUGGAUUCCAAUGUGAAUGAGCUCAAGUCUCAGAACUCUGAAUCUUCACUUUCUUGCGAUGAAGUUGCGCAGUCUCAAAAGGACUCGACAAGAAUUAAAAUUGUUUUGGCUGCAUCUAUGCCGGCUCAAGCUGGUCAGACAUUAUUUGUGAACGAUGAGACUCGACUUCACGAGGCAUCGUUAAAGGAAAGAAGAUCAGAAAGCGAAUCCGAAAAGGUAGACAGUAGUAUUGAAGGCCAUGAAAGGAGCGGUUCUGCAGAUAAGGAAAAGGCGAUUUUGAAUGACAAUGAUCCAGCUAGUAGUGAUUAUAUCUGGCUGCGCCUUUUCGUUGCUGCUUACUUCGUUGACAGCCUUCUUUCUGGCAUUAAACUCAUCACUGACUGGCUGUUAUUUUCCCCAACUUUCCUUCAACAUGCAGCUUCUAUCUACAACUUUAUAAUGCAGGAAAUAGCUUCGCACCUGGCGAGUUUACUCAACUACUUAAGUCCAAUAGUUCACAUUGUUGAACAGGAAUUAUCAUCAGAUCUAUCGAUGAACUCGGAAUACUUGGGUUUACCUGUGAGUGGUAUUCGCACACCUUCGACACUACUUCCACACAUUUCCAAUAAUUGUCGAGAGUUACUAAAGCGAGAAUUUCAACAGAAUGAAAACUUUAAACGGGUGGCAUUGCCGGAGGACUGGCUCCUGCGUGGUAUUCCAUCUCUUUCAUCCCUGCACAAAACACUUGAUUUCGGUACCAACUCAUUGAGUAGUCGAAUAGAGGAAACUCUUUUGCGAUGUCUUGCGUUGAUCCGAUUUGGCCGCAAAUUUGCUAAACUAGCAGAAGGAUUGGGUCUGAACUUUGUCUAUCAUCAUGACGUUAAUUACUUUACGGCACCGUUGCCAUCAAACGCUGCCACGUCUACCUCCUAUUGUCGCUCAAGAUGUCAUGGUGGUCCUCUUCGAAAAUACGCACCAAGAAGAGGAAGAAGAAGAAGAAAGAGAGAGCCUUAUAAACCUCGAAUUCAGUCAUUUCAAGCUCUGUCUCAACGUAUAGAAGACGAACGAUUGUGUCCUACUUCUGAACCGCACUCAGUCACCAGCGUUGACAUGCCUACAUCGACGUCACUGGCUACACGGGAGGAAACCAUGCGAAAUAUGGCGAAAAUGCGCCUUAAGAACCAGGUGGAUAGGCUCUCUGAAGAAAUGGAUAAGCGCAUUUAUGCAACUCUUCCCUCCGCUCCUUUUGUCGGUCAGAGGGAUUCACAUCUCCCCUAUUCUCCGUAUAUCGUGGUUGACACAUUCUCCCUAAUUGGAAACACUACAUUUAUGAAACGCCUAUUUGCAUCGCAUCAAUAUGUCAUAAUCAUACCUAGAAAAGUAAUUGCGCAUCUUGAUCAGCUGAAGAAGACGACUGCAACAGCGAGGUCAGCUACUAGGGUUUUGGAAGAGCAGACUGGAGGUGGCAGCGGCUACGUACGCAUUCAGACCGAAGAUGAAAACCCGCGGGAGCGCAUAAAAAUUCGCUUGCCUAAAGCUCGUUCGAAUGGCAACGAGGCCGUAGACAGUUGUGCCGAUGUGCCCGUUGAUUUCAGUGUUGUAUCUCGAUGGGCCGGUAUAAUUGAAUGUGCUAUCUAUUUUUCACAGAUGUCGCAAGAGACUUCUCACUUCCGAGGUGCUGAAAUAAACCUUGCAAAAUCUGUUAAAGUAGUAAAUCUACUGGAAUACCAGUUGUCUGCUACCGAGGAUGUUUCUCGUGCAAAGAUCACGGUUUUGGUGGGCUCCAAAUUGGCUGCCCCACAGGACCUUGAAAUUCCCUUGGAUCUGGCGAAACUAGCAUGGGAAUCAGGUUUGUCUAACCGGUUGACUUAUCAGAGUUUAACUUUUUUUGCUCCAAAUUAG